AUGGGCAGUCCUUCAACCCACGCCCAUGGGUACUCCUUCAACCCACGCCCAUGGGCACUCCUUCAACCCCACGCCCAUGGGCAGUCCUUCAACCCCACGCCCAUGGGCAGUCCUUCAACCCACGCCCAUGGGUACUCCUUCAACCCACGCCCAUGGGCACUCCUUCAACCCACGCCCAUGGGCACUCCUUCAACCCCACGCCCAUGGGCAGUCCUUCAACCCACGCCCAUGGGCAGUCCUUCAACCCACGCCCAUGGGCACUUCUUCAACCCCACGCCCAUGGGCACUCCUUCAACCCACGCCCAUGGGCACUCCUUCAACCCCACGCCCAUGGGCACUCCUUCAACCCCACGCCCAUGGGCACUCCUUCAACCCACGCCCAUGGGCACUCCAUCAACCCACGCCCAUGGUCACUCCUUCAACCCACGCCCAUGGGCACUCCAUCACCCCACGCCCAAGUGCCACACCACUAGGGUGUAG